AUGUCCAAACAGCCAAGAGAUCCUCCAAAGGUCAAUAUACCACCACUCUCUAAACGAUCUCCAGGAUGCCCUUUACGUCCUACACAGAGCUCCCAUGAGACAGACGUGCUCGGGGAACAGAUUCAAGGUUCCCUGGUAAAAGCGUCCAAGGAGGACUACCCAGGGUAUCUGAAGACUGGCCCUCAGUCUACUAGAAAGGAGUCUUUCUUCGAUCCGGACUUCAAGGUCAUCUCCAUUGAAACUGGCGUUGUUGGUUCUAAAGAUGACAUAUCACCCGGCUCUGAACCUCCUGGCACAGUCCUUCUGGAAACAACCCUCAACAAUACCACUCGUCACCCAACUCCCUCUUCAGACCCCAAUGAUCCACUCAACUGGAAACCAUGGAGAAAGGCGCUGAACUUCUUCCUCGUUCUGUUCUUCACGGUUGUGGCUUUCUCAUGCAAUUGUGUGGCUACAGCGUUCUGGGGACAACUCAACACAGAACUAGGCUUCUCCUUUGAUGAGCUGAACAACGGGUUUGCUCUGGGCAUCGGAGGUCUUGGAAUCGGGUGUCCAUUGUUUGUGCCUAUCGCUGUAAAGUUCGGAAAGAGACCAGUUUACCUAGUCGCCACGAUUCUUGUGAUCGUUGCCACCUUCUGGCAGGCAAGGAUGAAGUACCUUCACGAUUACUACGCUGCUUCUUUUCUCGAAGGACUGGCUACGUCGCUCUGUGAAGCCAUGAUUCAGAUGACUAUUGCUGAUCUGUACUUUGUUCAUCAGAGAGGAACCAUGAAUGGCAUCUUCAUGAUCAUCAUUGCCAUCUCCAACUUCCUGUCCCUGGUUCCCGCAGGCUAUAUUGCUACCAACAUAAACUGGAACACCUGCUUCUGGAUCUUGGGAGGUCUAGGGAGUGGUUUCUUGAUAGUUUCCGUAUUCUGCUUCGAAGAGACCAAAUUUGAGCGAGCAGAGGAUGAUCCAAGAGAUAUACAUGAACUCCAUCCACCUCAAGGCAAGAUGAAGUGGCAACUAAGACCUUACACUAUCACUACUGGGUCAUGGGGUGACUUCUUCAAGACAUUCUACACACCUUUUGUCGUUUUAAUCUCGUUUCCGAUUGUUCUCUUUGUAACCUUGCACUACACAUUCAUGCUCACCUGGCUGGCAAUGUGUGCUACCACUCUUGCAAACUCGUUCACUCAACCUCCCUAUGAGUUCUCCCCAGAAGCAAUUGGAAACAUGAACAUAGCUCCAUUUAUUGGUCUGUUAAUUGGCUCUUUCUAUGGAGGCUGGCUUAAUGACAAAAGCAUGUUGUAUCUCACCAAGCGUAACCAUGGAGUCUAUGAACCAGAGAUGAGACUCUAUAUGCUCAUUCCCAUGUGCCUCAUAAUGACCGCCGGCGUAUUCAUGUUUGGGUUGUCUAUUGCCACUGGAACACAUUGGGCAGUUCCAAUGGUCGGACUGGGUGUUUUUGCAGCUGGUUUUGGGGCUAAUGGAAGCAUCACACUCACUUACCUCAUUGACUGUUACAGGGAUAUGAUUUCUGAUGCCUUCAUUGGUAUUGUUGUGGUCAGAAACAUCAUGUCUAUGGUUGUUACUUUCUGUCUUUCACCUUGGAUUGAUUUGAAUGGUCUCAGAAACGUCUUCAUAAUCGCUGGUUGUCUAUCUCUCGUUCCACUAGUUGUAACACCGUUCAUGAUCAAGUAUGGAAAGCAUCUGAGACGCCUGAGUGCAGAUAAAUACAACAAGAAUAAGGGGGGUAUUUAG